UCCUCAAUGUUGCGGUACUUUCCGGUAUCCCCAGCGACCAAUAGAGGCCAACGGCCUCGCUUAUAUGUGCACAGUGCUGGUGAAGCCCCGCAGUGCGCGAUGGACCUCCGCCGAGGGCAGCUGUGGCCACUCUUGCUGCUGCUCACCGCUGAGUGUGUAAAACCAAUUCCAACAGACGAAUCGUAUCUCCUUGAUGGAAAGCCUUCACUGGCUGCAGAAUUUCCAUGGCAUGUUGGAAUAUAUUUACAUGAAAAUGAUGGAUAUUUACAACUAUGUAGUGGAACCCUUAUAAAAAGAAAGUUGGUUCUAACUGCUGCUCACUGUCUUGGAAAAUCAAAUAAUCCUAAGGAUUACAUGAUUGUAGCAGGCAAACACCACAGAGGCUGGGAUAUAAAGGAUCCAAAAGAACAACAACUUGAAGUGGACUCAAUUGUGAUUCAUGAUAUGUAUAGAGGACCUUCACGAAAUUAUGCAGAUGAUAUAGCUAUAAUAGUUCUGAAAAAUGAAAUAAGAAUCUCAGAUUUUGUGAGACCAGCUAGUCUAGAUCUUGAAAGUAAAUAUGAGAGAGAACAACUGUCUUCUGGGAGUUUUGGCUCUAUUGCCCACUGGGAUUACAAUGAAAGUCCAGAACCAAGUGAUGUACUGCUAAUGACCAAAUUGCCAUUUAUCGAGUUCAGCCAGUGUUACGAGCUACUUCCCCAGUCUGUAAGACCUUUAUUUGCUUCUGACAAAUUCUGUGCAGGAUUUAGAAAUGGUACUGCACUUUGUGCAGGUGAUGGCGGUGGUGGCUUGUUGUUCGAGCAGAAGGUAACAGCCACAACAAAGCAGUGGUUCAUUCAGGGAAUAGUAAGUUUAGGCUCACCAAGAGGACGGAAACCGUGUUCCGGUUACCCGGUUCUUUUCACGAGAGUGAAUAGUCAUCUGAAUUGGCUCAAGACAUACUAUGACAAAUAUUAAAAAGACAGUGACAUUAUGAAACAUGUGCUAUAAUUAUACAUGGAAGAACUUUUAUUAUUCUGGAUUCCACUUAAUGUAAAUAAGCUUGUGAGAGUUUGAUCAGGAGGGGCGGGGGUUUAAGCUAUAAUAAAGUGUCUUCCUAAAAAUCCAAUACAUUUUUCCAGAAGGAAUUUGUAGGCUUUAUUUGCCAUUAAAAAGAGAUAUCUUAAAAAUGUGUCUAUGUAAAAACAGACUUUUAUUAUAGAAAUAAUAAAUUGCAGCCAUGCAAUAGAAAGUAAUUUUAUGAGAGGUCAAGCUGUUGAAGCUGAAAACGGCCAUAUUUAAAGAAAAACGAGGAGGUGGUAUGUAAAGGUGGCAGAAGUAAUGUACGGAAGAGAAGCUUCUUCUUUCUUUGUAGAACCGAAAUGGCUCUCAAACGUAAUUUACGUUGCAAAAUAAUUCUAAGCAGUAUGCAUUUCAAGUAUUUGAACCUUUGUGAAACAUAUUAAUUGAAGUAACAAUUUACAUGACAUGUCUGAAUGAACAUACUUGUGAUUUUUGAUUUGAUUUAUUGAUCCAUUUUCAUCUACAGCUGCACAAUAUGGAAGAGAUAUUUGGAGUUUUAUGCUAAUAUUGACAGUUUUACAUAUAGUAUACCUUUGUACAUAAUAACACAUUAAUAUAUCAAUUAAUGAUGAAUACUUAAAUAAAUGUUGUUACGCUAUAUA